AUGGGAAAAACAUGCCUUAGUCGCUUGCAGCCUUCUUUUCACAAAAUUCCUGUUCCUGUCUCAGAUCUCGAAUGUGAGAGGGUAUAUGCAGAAGUGCUGGAGGAUAAUGCUGAGUCCGCAAUCGUACCUGACUACCAGGACAAGACUGCUGAGGUUGUUGUCGAACUGGAGAAGGGAACUGUUCAUCUGCUACCGUUUCAGUCCGUCCAGCAGCAAGUAGAACAGGGCACAGUUCGAUUGUUGUAG